AGCAGAGGAAAGAGGUGCCUCAGUCAGCAAAUCUCCUAAAGUUGGUGGGCCAGGCCGUGAUCGUCAGCCCUUCACCUAUGACAGAGAGCCAUCUGAUGAGGAUGUGGAAGCAGCUAUUGCUGUUUUGAGACACUCUGCUGAUGAAAACACUGUCCGUGAGAAGAUGAAAAUGACCUUCAUAUAUCGGCAAGCAAUGGUCAACGAUGAAGCCAAAUCAUCAGAUGUCUUCUCGGUCUUCCCAAGAUUUCUGGACACACCAGGACUGAUAGAACAAGAUUUCAGACUUCUGUUUGGUGAGGCCACAGCCAACAAAUUCUUGGAGAAGUGGCCAACCACUUUCAAAGCAAAAGUAAUAAAGGAAAGCCAUGGACUUGUAUCCACCACAGAACUCUUGGAUUUGAUGCGCAAUGCUGAGUCAGCUGCUGAAGUUGAGAAUGGCUGGGACAGUGACAUGUCUGCCAUCUUGCUGCUGCUACAUUUGCUACCACCAUCUGCACAAGGUAGAAAGAGGCCGGGAAAGAUGUCUGCAUAUCAAGCUGUAGAUCAGCUCAUCAGAUUUCAAAAGGUUGGAACCAGUGUGCAGCAGCAUCUUGACAACAUCACCCAAAGCAGUCAGCCCUACCUUCUCGCCCAGGGAUCCACACAGAGCAGCAUUCACUCCUACUUCAUUGUGGUUGACAAGCAUGCUCUUCCAUGCAAGGCAACAGGUUCAGUAGGAGCUUUUGACGAAGUCUUUAAAGCCCAUUACGUAUUUGGUACGUCAUACAGUUCUUCCUUGAGCAGCUUUUUUCACUUUUGUGCAAACAACCAUCUAUAACAUCGACAUGGGGGAAACAAAGGAGACUCCUAGAGUUGCUGAGUUGCGAGCAAGAAUGGUGCGUUAGUUGAGAUAAAACUAUGAAGUGUUUUCUUUGCAAAAGUGACCAUGGAAGUCCAAACAACCUUGUUAAGCACCUUAAGAUAAUUCAUGGGCUAUGUACAGGCAGGACUCUUUUUCUGAAAUGUGGUCAAGAAGGAUGCUCACGUUCUUUUGGUAGCUUUUCUGGUUUUAGAAAACAUCUUAACAAGUGCCACGGAGAAAGUUUAGUAGAUUCUAUAGAAGAUGAUCUUUCAGACCCUCAAAGUACCGUCAACACCAGUAAUAUUUCUCAUGUUGAAGUGUCGACUGAAUGUUUAGAGGCUGAGUCAGAGUUAUCUUCGCCAUACAUUGUAAAUAGUUGUGCAGCUGUUAUUUCUGAUCUAAAGGCAGCAGGUGUUGGUCAAAGUACAGUAAAUACUGUAGUGAUUUCCAUGGAAGAGAUUGUUCAAGAUAUUCAUCAGCAUGCUAAAGAAACAGUGAUAAAGCAUGUAUUUAGUAAUGAAAGAGAAACAGAAAUGUGCAAGAAAGUUGAGGCGUGUUUUGAGGGGUUAGAGAAUCCUUUCACAGUUCUAAAUUCGGAAUACAAGCGAUCAAAAUUUAUGACUGCCAAGUGGGAAAUAGUAGAACCAGUUGAAUGUGUGAUUGGUUCAAGAUUUGACACAAGACGAAAUAAAAAGACUGGAACAUAUGAUCAGGUAGUAGUUCAAGAUAAAUUCAUGUAUAUUCCAAUUUUAUCUACACUGCAGUCAAUAUUUAAAAGUCAGUAUUUUGCAGAAAUGUUGCAAAGCUCAGCUACCAGCAACUCUAGACUGAGAGAUAUUUGUGAUGGAUC